UUUAGUUUGGGUGUUCUAACAUCUCUGUACGCCGAGCAGCAAUGGGGACUCCAUAUGCCAGAUGGAUCUUCUACUGCGCUGUGACUGCAGUAUCAAUCUGUGGUGGAAACUGAUGAACAGAACCGCUUAUGAGGGACAUGCUGUGAACUGCUACGUAUGUGCGCAGCUGCCGGUUUCCAUACACAACUCAGAUCUCCGACCAGGGACGGUGCCCUGGAACUUGUGUAACAGAGUUUACACCUACUGCGAACCGACACAGGAUUUCAUCACCUGCACAGCCUGCAGGGGUCAAAAGAUGACUCCACACUGCAAAGUCUGGAAGGACAACCCAGACUGUGACAACCUGCUUCAGGAGAGGAGUUUCAACAUCACGCAUAAGACAAAGAGGAGACAAGUGACAACACUGUGCAGCGCCAUAGUGCCAGGAGAUUAUGGCUCACGGAUGUUGGCAGACUGGUACUUCAUAUGCGGGAAUGAAGCGUACAUGUUCUUGCCGAAAAAUUGGGGAGGACUGUGUGCUGUGGUACCUCUAAUCAACCCGAUUGCGUUCAUCAGGAAAGCACAAAAUGAUCUACACACCCGCUCCAAACGAACAGUUAUGUCAGAGGUCAAAAGAUGGGGAGGCCUCACAACACAUACUGGAGUUCCAUGGGAAUUCAGGAUUUGGAACGGCGGAGAAAAAAUUAUGCAAAGUCUUUUUCCGUGGGUCGGGAUAGGUGAGAUUCGGGACCACGUUGAGAUAAACAGGUACGGAUUACUGCGACUAAUCAACAUCACAUACCAGCUGGCCAAUGGCACCAUGAAAGAACUGACUGAACUGAGAAACAUGGUUAUGCAAAACCGUGUUGUCCUGGACUUUCUCACUGCCCCUCAGGGAGGGGUCUGCAAAAUCAUUGGCCCAACGUGCUGAACUUUUGUGCUUGAUGAAACAGGAACUGGAAGAACUUAAACAUUACAUAGAAAGUGGAACACAAGGAUCAUCUCCUUUUGAUUUUCUUUCUUGGCUCACUUCCAGACCAUGGUGGAAUUUACUGGUGAAGCUUGAAACACCUAUUCUGGGUGUUUUGAUUCUUUUUUGCCUGUUCACAAGUUGCAUUUUUCCAUGCCUUCGAAAUAUGAUGUGUAAAACAAUUAACGCUGCUGUGGUCAGCUAUCAGCUGGUGAAAAUAACCCAUGACACAAAUAAAGACGACUUGUUUUCUGAUGAUGAAGUUCUGUAAUCAAUAAACAGAUGAAUUCAUUUGCUGAAUGACUCCUACACCAAGAUGUGAAAACAAGUGGUUUUAGAGAUGAGAAAACUGCAUUUGAUUUUUUGCUGUUUCUUUUAUUUUUCAUUUAUUGCAUUAUAUUCCAUUUAUUUAUUGUGUAUUUUCUG